AUGGACCCAGGGCUGCAGCAAGCACUCAACCCACUGGCCCCUUCUCAAGACCCAGCCAUGCAUGUGCCCGCAGGCUCCGUCACCAGCCACUUGGGAACCACUAGCCGCGGUUAUUUCUAUUUCACCACGGCCUCACUGGCUCUGUGUCUCCUCUUUGCUGUGGCAACCAUUAUGGUGUUGGUAGUUCAGAAGACGGACUCCAUUCCCCACCCGCCGGGCAAAUUCCACCUUAAAGGAGGGAAUUGUUCAGAGGACAUCUCAUGUAUCCUGGAAAGGGCUCCAUUCAAGAAGUCAUGGGCCUACCUCCAAGUGUCAAAGCAUAUAAACAAAACCAAGUUGUCCUGGAACAAAGAUGGCAUUACCCAUGGAGUCAGAUAUCAGGAUGGGAAUCUGGUGAUCCAGUUCCCAGGUUGGUACUUCAUCAUUUGCCAACUGCAAUUUCUUGUGAAAUGCCCAGAACAUUCUGUCGACCUGAAGCUGGAGCUUCUCAUCAACAAAGAUGUCAAAAAACAGACACUGGUGACAGUGUGUGAGUCUGGAGUGCAAACCAAAAACAUAUACCAGAACCUCUCUCAGUUCUUGCUGGAGCACCUCCAGGUCAAUGCCACCAUAUCAGUCAAGGUGGAUAAAUUCCAGUAUGUGGAUACAAACACCUUUCCUCUUGAGAAUGUGUUGUCCAUCUUCUUAUACAGUAGUUCAGACUGA